AUGCCAUUAAGUAAAGCUAAUUUGAUAACAAAAGUUGUAAGUUAGGAGGCUCUGGAAUCAAUUAGUGCAAAGCUCGUUGACAAUGUUUGGGCCAUUUCAAGCAGAGAUCAUCCAAAUGCAUCAAGACUAUAGGAUGGAGCAAUCUAGCGAAUGAGUGUCUCAUAAGACAGAUAUAAUUUGCACCCCUCCUAGAAUGUUGAAAAAGUUGGGUUUUACAAGAGACCUGAGCUUAAUGAAAGAAUUGGUGGUACUGACCACUGUCGUUCAGACCCAUCUCUUGAUAAUACAGCAUAUAUCAACAGAAUAGUAAGAAUAUAUCAGAAAUAGAAGAAUCACACCUAGAUGAAUCCUUACGAGAAAUAUACUGAAAAAGGCUGGUGCCUUGAGUUCUAGAACUGGGGUACUUUUCAUAGCCCUCUUAUGCUCUGGUCAAAUGGUACCUUAGAUCCAGUUGAUCAUUUUUCGAAUCCUAAGUUUAAAGUUGGUUCUCUUUCUGCUGCCGUAAGUAUGUGUGAUGCGAUGGGAUGGGGUUACGAUAUUUAGUAUCCAAACAACAGAUGGCACUCUAGGAAAUCUUACUCUGAUAAUUUUAAAUGGAAAGGAAAGGCAUAAGAAGAAGAGCCCUACGAUUGA